ACAUUGCUGCUGAGCAAACCUCAAUUUUAAGCUUGCUUCACAAACCAAGCGGCAGCCUCUAGACGUUACGGUGCCGGUGGAAGAGGAGGAAGCGGUGGUUCUGGAGGUAGUGGAGGCAGUGGAGGCACUGGCGGUACUGGAGGUACCGGCGGUACUGGAACUGGUGGUACUGGAGGUCCUGGCGGUGGUCCCGGUGGUAGUGGCGGUCCAGGUUGUGAAAACGGAGGAAGCGGUGAAAACGGUGAAGGCUGCGAAAACGGUGGAAGCAAAUCUGGUCCAUUUACCGACCGUACCGCCGGUGGUUGGGGAGGCACGCAAGGAG